CUUCACCUAGUUACAAAGCUAGCGGUAUGUAAAGGAAAGCUAUGUGAUUCAUGUAUCGUAUUUGGUCGAUAUAAUACAAGAUGUCCUCUCCUGGGGGGUUUGUGAUCUCGGAGGAGCCCUUACGGCAGUUGUUGCAACAUUGCACUACCAUUGACACUUCUUCGAGUAGUAAAGGCAACAAUGAGGGGAAGAAACUGGGACAUGGAGGAAAGAACACCCAUAUCCGCGUGGAAGAUAAAGAUGAACAUGUAGAUGUUGUUGGAGAUGCAGACGCAGAACAAGUCGAAAGCGAUGUUAUAGGUGACAUUAGAAGUACAGUCGUACAGAUAUGCGUGGCUAUGUUGUCGAGUAAGGAUGGUAUGACCCAUUUAGAGAUGGUAGCCGUGUUAGCGAGUUUAUCUACAUGCAUACAACAUACCCAGUCAGACCUGUGGGAACUAGAUGGGGGGGAUAUCAGGGUGACCAACGUUGCUGAUGUGCUGGUGCGCGAUAGCCUCGUGGAAGUGCUGUUGGAAAG